UAAGAAACUCAAACUUAUGGUGAACUUUCCUAUUUUGGAUCUCACUAGAACGGCGUGUUCUGGGGGCUGUCCGCCUGGCACAACAUGUAACAUACAGCUCCAUGCAAUGCACAUACAACGUUUCUUGUUACCGGGACUAGGGUCUAGAUCGCUAUCGUGCACUUGUAGGUCAUAAGGAAGCACCGUUAUAGAGAUGGGUCUCAUUAUAUCCACGAUUGCUGGGUGCUGGAGUGUGGAUGGUGACCACGUCUUUACGUCAGGCAGAAGUCCUCGCAAAAGAAGGACACCCAAACAAGGAUUGCGAGGAUCGGGCAGAAUCUUGUUUUAUGAGAAAGGGAAGCCAUACUACGAGUUUACCAACUUCUCACCGCACGAUGUGGUAUACAAGGGAAAGCGAUACCCCACGAGCGAGCACCUAUUCCAGGCAUUCAAGUUCAUCGAUGCCCACCCACAUAUUGCAGAACGCAUUCGCACUUGCAGCGAAAAGCCCGUGGUGGCGUUCGACGAAGCUCACAAGUACCAGGGUUUAGUGAGAGCAGACUGGUCACACGUCCACAUUGACAAGGUAUUCCAUGUAUUUCAUGGAACGAAUCCCGUGACCAUCUUCAUAGAUGGAAACGGCACUCAGGCUCAAGUUCACGCAGCACGUCGAUCUCAAAAGGUUACUCUUAGGUACCAGAAGUGCUGAACUGAUCGAGGUAGGCUCCGCUCCUGCCACCUCCACAGAGAUGACUGACUAACCAUGGCAGGAUUCGCCCCGAGACUGGUUCUGGGGGGUUGGAGCAGAUGGCACUGGUAGAAACGAGCUAGGGAAAGCCCUCAUGCGACUUCGUGAUGAACUCAGUAUGGAGUCAUUGUGUGCCACUAAGCUUGACCCUUAUGUUUGGUCCUACCCCUGCAGGACGCAAGGCUUCCAACAAGAGCCCCCAUCGUAAAACCACUAGACGUGCAGGGCUGCGGACUUGAAAGGCAUAAUUCACACUCG